AUGAGGCAUCACGAGCUAGAGUUUGCUGUUGGUGAUAAGGUAUUCUUGAAAGUGUCUCCAAUGAAGGGAGUAAUGCAGUUAGGUACGAAGGGUAAGAUUAGUCCUCAUUUUAUUGACGCUUAUGAAAUUGUGAGAAGAAUUGGAAAGGUGGCUUACGAGUUGAAAUUACCAUCUGGGAUGGCUAUGGUGCAUCCUGUGUUUCACAUCUCGAUAUUGAGGUUUUAUAAACCUGAUCCUUCUCAUAUCUGGACUCAUGAAGAGAUUGAAGUCAACGAGGGAUUUUCUUAUGAAGAAGAACCUGUGCAAAUCUUAGAUCGACAGAUGCAUGUGAAGAAGACCGACACAGAGCAACACAGAUAUAUGAAACAGGUCUGUCAGCAUAUUCCAGCCAAUAUCUCAGCAGCAGUUCAAUGGCAUAUGAAGAAUGAAAGAUAUUGGUGGAACAGGUACAAGAACAUGUUCUAUCUCAGACAACGCUAA